AUUCAGCGCCUAUUCAUUCAGCGGGACUGUCGCGGCAUUUGAAACAUCUACUAGCAUAGCUGCAUAAAAAAAGGCUACUUUACACAUUGAUUAUCGUCUUUCGAGAUAUCAGAAAUGAUCGAUAUGAUUGAGAAGGAGGACCCGGUCAUCAGCGAGGAGGAGGCGGCACAGUACGACCGCCAGAUCCGUUUGUGGGGGCUAGAUGCCCAGAAAAGGUUACGAGGGUCCCGUGUGCUCCUGGCAGGUUUAGGUGGUCUGGGGGCUGAAGUGGCCAAGAACUUAAUCCUGGCUGGAGUUAAAGCACUCACUUUGCUGGAUCAUGAACAGGUAACGGAGGAGUCAUGUCGUGCUCAGUUCCUGGUUCCAGUGACGGCUCAGGGUCAGAACCGAGCCCGGGCCUCUUUGGAGCGAGGGCAGAACCUUAACCCAAUGGUGGAGGUCCACGCAGAUCCGGACCGAAUCGAAGACAAACCAGAUGACUUCUUUCUGCAAUUCGAUGCGGUGUGUCUCACAGGCUGCUCCAGAGACCUGAUGGUGCGGGUCGACCAGCUCUGUUCUCAGCACAACAUCAAGGUCUUCUGUGGGGACGUCUAUGGUUACUAUGGUUACAUGUUCUGCAACCUCGGACAGGAGCACAACUACGUCGAGGAGAAACUUAAAGUGGUGAAACCGACUGGAAAUUCUAGCGAUGGUCCAGAGGCAAAGAAAGCCAAAGUCGACCCCAAUGAGACCACCAUGGUGAAAAAGAUGGCCAGUUUCUGCACACUGAAGGAGGCUCUGGAGGUCGACUGGACAACUGAGAAGGCCAAAGCCGGGAUGAAGCGAACACCAGUGGACUACUUCAUGCUUCACGUUCUGUUGAAGUUUCGCACCGACAAAGGCCGUGACCCCGACCCACAAUCCUUUCCAGAGGACAGUCAGCUUCUGAGACAGAUCCGCGAUGACGUCCUGGAGGCCUUGGCAGUGAGCAGUGACCUCCUGAAUGAGGACUUCAUCAGCUACUGCUUCUCUGAGAUGUCUCCAGUGUGCGCCGUCGUGGGAGGAGUUCUGGGACAGGAAGUUGUCAAGGCUCUCUCCCAAAGAGAUGCUCCACAUCGAAACUUCUUCUUCUUCGAUGGUCGUAAAGGCAACGGCGUGGUCGACUACUUUGGACCAAACUAAAAAAUUUUACAUGCAAAUACAAGUCCAGCAAACGUCUGUCUUUCCCUUAGUUUGUUCCGUCAGAUUAUUUAUAUCAGUCUGUGCUCCACUAAGCAUAAAAUUAGUCUGUUGUUUCAUUUUUUUGGCAUUUGAUCUCAAGUACCCAGUGAAUUUCUUUUUUACAUU